GUGUGAGGCCGUGUGGGAGGCCGGAAGUUGCGGCUUCAUUACUCGCCAUUUCAAAAUGCUGCCGAGGCCCUAGGACCUGUGACUGCCACCCCUCCCCCCACCCGGGCUCGGCGGGGGAGCGACUCAUGGAACUGCCGUAAGUUUUACCAACAGACUGCAGUUUCUUCACUGCCAAAAUGACAUCAUUUUCCACCUCUGCCCAGUGUUCAACAUCUGACAGUGCUUGCAGGAUCUCUCCUGGACAAAUCAAUCAGGUACGACCAAAACUGCCACUUUUGAAGAUUUUGCAUGCAGCAGGUGCGCAAGGUGAAAUGUUCACUGUUAAAGAGGUCAUGCACUAUUUAGGUCAGUACAUAAUGGUGAAGCAACUUUAUGAUCAGCAGGAGCAGCAUAUGGUAUAUUGUGGUGGAGAUCUUUUGGGAGAACUACUGGGACGUCAGAGCUUCUCCGUGAAAGACCCAAGCCCUCUCUAUGAUAUGCUAAGAAAGAAUCUUGUCACUUUAGCCACUGCUACUACAGAUGCUGCUCAGACUCUCGCUCUCGCACAGGAUCACAGUAUGGAUAUUCCAAGUCAAGACCAACUGAAGCAAAGUGCAGAGGAAAGUUCCACUUCCAGGAAAAGAACUACAGAAGACGAUAUCCCCACACUGCCUACCUCAGAGCAUAAAUGCAUACAUUCUAGAGAAGAUGAAGACUUAAUUGAAAAUUUAACCCAAGAUGAGACAUCUAGGCUGGACCUUGGAUUUGAGGAGUGGGAUGUAGCUGGCCUGCCUUGGUGGUUUUUAGGAAACUUGAGAAGCAACUAUACACCUAGAAGUAAUGGCUCAACUGAUUUACAGACAAAUCAGGAUGUGGGUACUGCCAUUGUUUCAGAUACUACAGAUGACUUGUGGUUUUUGAAUGAGUCAGUAUCAGAGCAGUUAGGUGUUGGAAUAAAAGUUGAAGCUGCUGAUACUGAACAAACAAGUGAAGAAGUAGGGAAAGUAAGUGACAAAAAGGUGAUUGAAGUGGGAAAAAAUGAUGACCUUGAGGACUCUAAGUCCUUAAGUGAUGAUACUGAUGUAGAAGUUACCUCUGAGGAUGAGUGGCAGUGUACUGAAUGCAAGAAAUUUAACUCUCCAAGCAAGAGGUACUGUUUUCGUUGUUGGGCCUUGAGGAAGGAUUGGUAUUCAGAUUGUUCAAAGUUAACCCAUUCUCUCUCCACGUCUGAUAUCACUGCCAUACCUGAAAAGGAAAAUGAAGGAAAUGAUGUCCCUGAUUGUCGAAGAACCAUUUCGGCUCCUGUCGUUAGACCUAAAGAUGUGUAUAUAAAGAAAGAAAACUCCAAACUUUUUGAUCCCUGCAACUCGGUGGAAUUCUUGGAUUUGGCUCACAGUUCUGAAAGCCAAGAGACCAUCUCAAGCAUGGGAGAACAGUUAGAUAACCUUUCUGAACAGAGAACAGAUACAGAAAACAUGGAGGAUUGCCAGAAUCUCUUGAAGCCAUGUAGCUUAUGUGAGAAAAGACCACGAGACGGGAACAUUAUUCAUGGGAGGACGGGCCAUCUUGUCACUUGUUUUCACUGUGCCAGAAGACUAAAGAAGGCUGGGGCUUCAUGCCCUAUUUGCAAGAAAGAGAUUCAGCUGGUUAUUAAGGUUUUUAUAGCAUAAUGGUAGUACGAACAUAAAAAUGCAUUUAUUCAAUUCACUUACCACAUUAUUUGAAAAUCAAUCCUUUAUUUAAUUUUAUUUCCAACCUGUCAGAGAAUGUUCUUAGGCAUCAAAAUCCAAGGUAGCUGUAAGAAAAAUACUGGAGCUAACAAUGAAGAGCAGAAGUAAUCUGAUUAGUCAAAUUAUGAAGUGCCAUGGAUUACUUUAUGCAGCAGUCAGAUACAUAGUUAGGUGAACCCAAAAGAAAAACUCUUGAAAGCAAGAGAUUUCUUCCAUGCCCAUUUACAAUAUUGAGGUAUAAUUAACAUGAUAAAGUGUUUCCUUCUAACGAGUUGUAGAAAUCUGAGUAACCACCCAAAAAAAGCAAUAGAAUGUUUCUGUCACCCCAAAAUACUCCCUUCUGCCCCUUUCAGACAGUCCCUCAGCUAUUUCAUGGCUCUCACCCUAGAUUAGUGUUUUUUUGCACUUUUUUUUCCAGGGGUAUAGGGGAGGUGUGGGGUGAUAGGGUCUGUCUUGUUCUGUCUCCCAGGCUGAAGUACAGUGCAGUGGUAUGAUCAUGGCUCACUGCAGCCUUGGUCUCCUGGGCAUAAGUGGUCUUCCCACUUCAGCCUCCUGAGUAGCUGAGACUAUAGACUAGCAUAACCACAUUGGCUAAUUUUUUGUGGAGAUGAAGUCUCACUAUGUUGCCCAGGCUGGUCUUGAACUCCUGGGCUCAAACAAUCCUCCCGCCUCAGCCUUCCAAAGUGCUGGGAUUAUAGUCAUGAGGCAACUAGUCUGGCCCUUUUGCAAGACUUUAAUCUGAAAUCUAAAUUUUUAAAAUUUAAGUACUUACAAAGGAUAUGCUAUCCAACAUAUUGCAUAUUAUAUAUGUGCUUUAAAGAUUUUUUUUUUUUUUUUUGAGAGACAGGGUCUCACUUUGUCAUCCAAGCUGGAGUGCAGUGGUGCAAACAUGGCUCACCUCCUGGGCUCAAGUGAUCCUCCAGCCUCAGCUUCCCUCACAGGCAUUCACUAUCACACCCAGCUAAUUUAAAAAAUUUGUAGACGGUAUCUCAUUAUGUUGCCCAGGCUGGUCUUGAACUCCUGGGUUUAAGUGAUUCCCCCGCCUCAGCCUCCCGAAGUGUUGGGCUUACAGCCGUGAGCCACUAUGCUUGGCUUAAAGAUAUUUUUAUGAAAGCCCUGGGGCUAUAGAUUUAGCUGAAUAAAUUUAUAGAAAAAGUCCUGUCAUAUAAACUGGCAAAGCCUGUUAAUUUAAUUAGCCAAAUCAGACUUAACUUCCGUCAGAACAUGUCUUGGUUUUAAUUCAGAUAAACGCACAAACAUACUUCUCUGGCACAGCCUUCAGAAGGAUCAGUUUUGGUUUUUUUUUUUUUUUUUUUUUUUUUUUGAAACAGGGUCUUGCUCUGUUGCCCAGGCUGGAGUGCGCUGGCACAAUCACAGUUCACUGCAGCCUCGACCUCCCAGAUCCAAGCAAUCCUCUCACCUAAGCCUCCCAAGUAGCUGGGUCUAUAGGCGCGUGCCACCACCAUGCCCAGCUGAUUUUUGUAUUUUUUGUACAGACAGCGUUUUGGCAUGUUGCCCAGGCUGGUUCCAAACUGCUAGCCUCAAGCAACCCUCUUGCCUCAGCCUCUCCAAGUGCUAGGAUUGCAGUCCUGAGCUACUGCCCCCUACCCUCUUUGCCUGUUAGGAGUCAUUUAGAUUUUUUUUGAUCCUUUUGUUUAGCACCUCUGGAGCUGCUUACACCAAGGCAAUACCCCUUGAUAUGAUACUGGAUGGUUUGAGAGGCAGCCUUUUUUUUUUUUUUUGUGGGUAGGGAGUGUGGCUGUUGUGAAAAGGGAGUUAAAGAGAAAUGGUAGAUCUGAAGAGGCCUCAUCAGAGCACAUAUUUUAGGACAACACAUAUGGAAAUUGGACAUCUUUAAGUUGGUUUCCAUAGAGCUAUGCAUGUACCCUUACCCCAUGGGAAAACGUUGGUGUGUUCUCAAGGGUAUGCAUGUGUUAUUUUGAAGACCAAGGCCCUAGAAUUGUCAAACUUAAGGAUCAUAAAAAUCACAAGGGUUGCUUGUUAAAAAUGCCCAAACCUGCAGAGACUGAUCCUUGAGAUCUGGACCAGGAAUUUGCAUUUGAACAAGUGUUCCUGGAAUCCCUAUGCAAGUUUUAUACAGAACAUUUAGAAUCCUUGCCCUAGACAGGGAUGUCCAAUCUUUUGGCUUCCCUGGUCCACAAUGGAAGAAGAAUUGUCUUGGACCACACAUAAAAUACACUGACACUAACAAUAGCUGAUGAGCUGAAAAAAAAAAAAAAAAAAAUCGUGGGCCAGGCAUAGUGGCUCACGCCUGUAGUCCCAGCACUUUGGGAGGCCGAGGCGGGCAGAUCACCUGAGGUUGGGAGUUUGAGACCAGCCUGACCAAUACAGAGAAACCCCAUCUCUACUAAAAAUACAAAAAAUUAGCCGGGCAUGGUGAUGCAUGCCUAUAGUCCCAGCUACUCAGGAGGCUGAGGCAGGAGAAUCGCUUGAACCUGGGAGGUGGAGGUUGCGGUGAGCUGAGAUUGUGCUAUUGCACCCCAGCCUGGGCAACAAUAGCGAAACUGUCUCAGAAAAAAAAAAAAAAAUCGCAAAAAAAAAAAAAAUUUCAUAAUAUUGUUGCCUUUUUUUUUUUUUUUUUUUUUUUUGAGACAGAGUCUCACUCUAUUGCCCAGGCUGGAGUGCAAUGGCAUGAUCUCUGCUCACCACAACCUCUGCCUCCCAGGUUCAGGUGAUUCUCCUGCCUCAGCCUCCCAAGUAGCUGGGACUACAGGCACAUACCACCAUGCCCGGCUAAUUUUUGUAUUUUUAGUAGAGACGGGGUUUCACUAUGUUGGCCAGGCUGGUCUCGAACUCCUGACCUCAUGAUCCACACACUUUGGCCUCCCAAAGUGCUGGGAUUACAGGCAUGAGCCACCACACCCAGCCAAGUAUAAUUUUUAAUAAAACUUAAGAAGAAUUAAGCAUUUUACUUACGUUUAUAGGUAUUUGAUGCUAAAUUUGGCACAUCAUUGCCCAUGAAAGAAUCCUCUUAUGCUGCUCAGCUUUACUCCUCUUCCUGCUUGCCCACCGGGGUUUUUCACUGCUUCUGUUAGCACUAAGUACUUGGACAAUCCUAAGAUAUGUACUUGAGCUGAAUUUCGUCUUUACUUGUAGGAAACUUUAUUUCUUUUCUUUUCUUUUUUUUUUAUUUGAGAUGGAGUUUUGCUCUUGUCACCCAGGCUGGAGUGCAAUGGAGUGAUCUCGGCUCACUGCAACCUCCGCCUCCCAGGUUUAAAUGAUUCUCCUGCCUCAGCCGCCUAAGUAGCUGGGAUUACAGGUGUGCACCACCAUGUCUGGCUAAUUUUGUAUUUUUGGUAGAGAUGGUUUCACCGUGUUGGUCAGGCUGGUCUUGAACUCCUGACCUCAGGUCAUCCACCCACCUUGGCCUCGCAAAGUGCUGAGAUUACAGGCGUGAGCCACAGUGCCCAGCUUAAACUAUUUUCUUGAUCUGUUUUUGAUUUUCUUUUUUCCUUGUCACUGCGGUACAGAUUUUUGUUACUCACUGCCACUAAACUAAAGCAAGGCAUAGUUUAUAUGUGAAGUGUUCAGAGUUUACUGCUAUAAGGAAACUUCCAAAUACUGACACUCACCUUUUAGCUGUAGUUAUUGGGACCAUGUGCUCUGAUUUUCUGGAGACUGCUAAAUUGCUCCCAUUUUUCUGCAUCCCACCUGGUUUCUUUCUACCUGUCCCCUUUCACUUUCAGAUGUCUUCAUUUGGAUGUUAAAUUAUGUGGUCACCUAGUUAUAGGUAAGCCUUGUUCGAGUUGAAAUCUUGAUUGUGAGGAAGGAUCUGUGUCAUUGGAGCUCGUUGUUUCUGCUGCAACGUGCCGUAGACUGAAUAAUGAAAUCAUACCACAUUACCAUCAGAUUUCUUGUUUUAGUUGUCAUUUAAAUUAAUAUUUAUGAUUGUUAUCUUGGGCAAAAAGUUCAGAGCAGAGAUGACAAAUCAUUAGAACAACGAUGAAUUUCAGUAUUACGGCUAAAACGUUCUUCUGUCUCAAUAUUAACUCACUCUCCUUGCAGUGUACUUCACAGUAAUUGGUAUGCUUUUUUCUUUAAUGCUUAAAUCAGACUUUAUAAAAAUCUUAGACCGGAUCUUUAAUAUGGUAUGCCAUUUCCCCAGUCUACCAAUGGAAUAGUAUGGGUUUCUAAUCCUAGGCUUGUACAGUGGAUUGGAGUUGAGCCAUGCCAGCCUCUACACUGCCACUAACUUCUGCAAUGUAAGAUUGAGUCACUGCCAAGCAUUUGAAAUAUGCGAUUGUGUUUUAAUUAUAAUUUAUGUAUAGUUAGAUGUAUGUAACGCAUUGUGUGGUAUUAUUUGGUUUGUAAGAAUUUAUUUUUAAGGGUCAAGGUCAUUUGUAACAUUUUUUGUGUGUCAAUUCAAUGCAAUGUUGGCUCCCUUUUGAAGUCUUUGAUAUAUUGGUGAAUAUUCUUUUGUUCUAUAAUACAAAGCUAUGUAAUGUUACCUCUUGACUCGCUUUUGAAAGGAAGACAAUUGUUAACUAGAUAUUUGAGUUUUUUCCCCUCAGAAUUAUGUGAAUUUCUGAUAUAUGGCUUUAGAUACUGUGAAUCUGUUUUCCAUUUAGUCAGUUAUCUUCGUAAAUUGUUCAGAACUAUAUCCUAAGGAGCAGUUUGUUCUGAUGGUUCUCCCACUCAUGAGUGUGCAUGUGUGCAAGCAUGUUUUGAUCCUGAUGCUACCUUUGCUAAAAAUGGCCAUAGAUUAGGAAUUAGCUAUGUUUUUAGAAUCAAAGAUGAACCAAUAAGCUCUGUCAUGUACCAAACAUGAAAUGUACAGUGUUUACAAAUGUCUGGAAUUUUGCACUGCCAUAGGGAAUGUUAAGGUUACUUGGCUGGAAUUUAUCAGACUUGUGAGUAAACAAGUUGAAGUUUAGCAGAUGAGGGGGAAUAUUGAGGCCCCUAAGGCUAAACAAAAUAAUCAGUAUCUGAGAUAGUGGCUAAUGUGGCUCCCCAGGCCUAAUUUGGGAACAGUUUUUCCUGAUUGCUUUGAGAAGUACUUUCUUUUGACAGAAAUUUUCAAUUUGCUUUCCAUUGCUGUGUUUUCCCUUUAUAGGAGCCACUGGGUUUCUUUCCUUUUGUGGGAAAUGUCCCAUUAGCAUUUUCAGAUCUUCUGAUGUGCACUAAUGCCAUUAUUGGUAAUGCCGUUAUUGGUGAAUAUAGCAUAGUUGAAUAAACUUACAGUAAAUGUACACUUGGAUUUACUGCACCUCUACCAAUAGCCUUUUGAAUGACUGAAAGUGUCACUGACAAAGAGGCAUGUCUGCAGAAAGAGAUAGCUAAUAUUUUUUGGUACUUUAUCUGAAAUCCAAGAUGCUGCUUCUCCUACAGGUUGUUUUCCUUCUUACGAUCCUCAUUGAAUCCCCUCUGGGAGCACAGGACAGUUAGUAGAACUCUCCAUUUCUUUUUUUUUUUUUUUAGACGGAGUUUCUCUCUGUCGCCCAGGCUGGAGUGCAGUGGCGCAAUCUCGGCUCACUGCAACCUCCGCCUCCCGGGUUCACGCCAUUCUCCUGCCUCAGCCUCCCUAGUAGCUGGGACUAUAGGUGCCCACCACCAUGCCUGGCUAAUUUUUGUAUUUUUAGUGGAGACGGGGUUUCACCAUCUUAGCCAGGAUGGUCUCGAUCUCCUGACCUCGUGAUCUGCCUGCCUCAGCCCCCCAAAGUACUGGGAUUACAGGUGUGAGCCACCACGCCCGGCUGGAAUUCUCCAUUUCUUAAGGUAAAGAGGGUCAAGGAUACCUAAAAAGGGUCAAAUAAUGCUAGAAGAGCAAUUCCUCUUUCAGAGCAGUUGCUGUAAUUUGGCAAAUGCUUUAUUGAAGAUUGAUAUUAGGCUAGGGGUGGUGGCUCAUGCCUGUAAUCCCAGCACUUUGGGAGGCCGAGGUGGGUGGACUGCCUGAGCUCAGGAGUUCGAGACCAGUCUGACUACUAUGGUGAAACCCUGUCUCUACUAAAAAUACAAAAAUUAGCCGGUCAGGGUGGCGUGCACCUGUAGUCCCAGCUACUUGGCAGGUUGAGACAGGAGAAUCGCUUGAACCUGGGAAGCGGAGGUUGCGGUGAGCUGAGACUGCACCACUGCGCUCCCACCUGGGUGACAGAGUGAGACUGUGUCUCAAAAAAAAAAAAAAGGACGUUUAUCAUUAUAACAGCUUAUUAGAGCCCCUAAUUUCUUAUCUGAAGGCAUUGUUUUUUUUUAAACAGUGAAGUACUGAUAUCAGCAGACAAAUAUUUCUGUCAGAUAGUCCCUGUCAACAGUAGCAAAUGUGGUUUCAUAAAGUGGGAAGAAAACAGCAUUUUAAAAUAACUUUUUGGGAGACUGAUUUGAGUAAUAAUAAAACUCUGGUCUCCCUUAAAAAACAAAACCCUUUCUUCCACCUUUACUGUGUCAUUUAUAUCCCCUUAGUUCCAAAGUUAUUAUCUUAUUUCUGGAUAUUGCUUUUAUACCAAAGACCCUUAUCAGCCCUUGUAACUACAGUAUCUUUAGAUAAGAUUCCUCUUCCCAGUCAGUCCUGGGAAAUGUUUCUGUUGCAGUUAGGCGGUAGAUGGGAAGCUGUGACGGCAGAGCUACUAUCUAAUAAAGUAACAACUUGUAGUUGAGGCUUCCUUUCUGUGUGUGAUGGAGGAUAGGGAGUUAGCUCCCCUGUUGUCUCAGCACUAAGAAAUUGAGGUCAGACCAGGCGUGGUGGCUCCCUCCUGUUAUUCCAGCACUUGGGUGGCCAAAGUGGGCAGAUUGCUUGCGCUCAGGAGCUCGAGACCAGCCUGGGCAACAUGGCGAAACCCUGUCUCUAUCAAAAAUAUAAAAAAAAGCUGGGCAUGGUGGGUGCACGCUUGUUGUCCCAGCUACACAGGAGGCUGAGGUGGGAGGAUCGCUUGAGCCUGGGAGGUGGAGGUUGCAGUGAGCUGAGGUGGCACCACUGCAAUCUAAGGUGGGUGACAGAGACCCUGUCUCAAAGAAAUUGAGGUCAGGCUUCCUUCUUACAGAAUUAUUUUUUUUUUUCUGUAGUUUGUCUCAUUUUUUCACUUCCUUUUCAAUGAGAAUCGAAGUGUUUCUUUUGGGUUUUUUUCUUCCCCCUUUUAAAAUCAACAGGAAAUGUUUCAAAGGAUGGAUGAAAUGCUUCUUGGCUUCCUCAGCACUUGGCAAGGUAGACCUCAUAGCAGCCUCUGAAUAUGACUUUCUUUAGUCUCUAGCUGUGCACUAUUCCUCAUGGGUAGAGGUAGAGUAAGUAUUGAGUGCCAGUCUUGACCUCCGUAUGCCUCAGUUUUUCUCAUCUAUAAAAAUCAGUAUACAUACCUACCCUUCUACCUCAGUUUAUUGUAGGGAUUAAAUAUGGGAGAGCAAUUCUGAAGCCUAUUAAUUUCCUUGAAGAGAUCUAAGAACCUAUUAUGCUCUUGGUGUACCAAGCUCUGGGGUAUAUAUUCAGAAUACCUCAUGUUCUGGAAGCUGAGCACAAGCUCCCCUUUAUUGCCUGUCUGGCAGAGCCUGUUUGAUUACUGCAAGCCCUUUUACCCAUGCUUUUAGUUUAGGUAUUCUUUCUUUGAUAUGAGGCUCUUGACUAGAAAAGAGUUCUUUCUCUAGGUGUUCUGAGAGAAGUUUGUAAAUUUGGAUAGUACAUUCUAUCCUGAUAAAACCACCUUGCUGUGGUCUUGAUGUACAAAAAAAAAAUUUUUUUUUUUUUUUUUUUUUUUUUAAGACAGUCUUACUCUGUCGCCUAGGCUGGAAUGCAGUGGCACAAUCUUGGCUCACUGCAACCUCUGCCUCCUGCCGCAGCCUCUCAAGUAGCUGGGACUACAGGCGUGCACCCCCACACCUGGCUAAUUUUUGAAUUUUUAGUAGAGACAGGGUUUCACCAUGUUGGCCAGGCUGGUCUUGAACUCCUGACCUCAGGCGAUCUGCCCGCCUUGGCCUCCCAAAGUACUGGGAUUACAGGCGUGAGCAACUGUGCCUGGCCCAAAACGUCUCUUUCUACAUACACUUCAGUAGGUGGCAUAAAAUGCACUGCCAAUGUGUAGAAAACAUGCAAUUUUCCAAAUAUUUCCCAUCAGAGAAUCACAGUCAAGAGCAGCAAAUGUGGUUUCAUAAAGUGGGAAGAAAGUGGCAAUUUAAAAUAACUUUUUGGGAGACUGAAUUGAGUAAUAAUAAAACUUAAGUCUUUCGAAAAUAAUAAUAAUAAUAAUAAUAGCCUUUUGAAUGUGGCCAGCUCACUAAAUGAGGAAAGAGGAAGGCAUUUUCUGCAUUCUUGCCUAGUUUUCCAUAUAAGCACCACGAAGUUAAUAGCUCUGUCUUUUUGGUGUUUGCACUAUGUAAUGCUUUUAAUACUUUUUAAUUGUGCUUUUUUUGUGUAUUAAAUGUUUUUCCUUUUGCCA